UGCUGAAAAUGUGUUGAUGUAAUGUUUGAAAAUGUCAGUUAUCUGUUAAGGCUUUAUCUCAGAACAACACAUGCACCUCAUGCCUUCCCUCACAUGGACACACUUCACACAGCCAUGACUCAGAUAAGCCUAAAGCACUUAUGUCGAAUCCAACAGCUACACUUCUGCUGCCAAUUUGGGCUUUGGCCAACCUGAUCGUCAUGAUAAAUGGAUCAGAGUCUCUCCAUCCUGUCCUGAGUGGUCCCACUUUGGCCUACCUCAGUUACAGAGUAGUCUUCAGGUGUGUGGCCCCGGGUGCUCCUCCUCCAGUCACAUAUGAACUGGUAAAAGACAAAGCCACCGCCAUCAAUAGUGGGAUAGAUCUCCAAGGAGACCAGCCAGCGUUAUUCUUCCUGAAGGUUGCUAUGAUGUCAGGGGGGUUGUACCACUGCAAGGCCCGGGCCAACAACAGAGAAGGAGUCAGCAACAGUGUCAGACUAACUGUAGUGAUUCCUCCAUCAGAAACCAGGGUAACUUCAGAGCCAUUCCCACCUGUGGCCUAUGAGGGGUCUCGUCUGGUCCUCUGCUGUAACGUGUCCCGUGGCUCUCACCUGUCCUACUCCUGGUUCUUCAACAGGAGACUGGUGCAAUCCUCCUCCUCACCUCUGGUCCACUCUCAGGGGAACCAUUUGGUGAUAGAGAAAGUCCGCCCUGAACAUGCGGGUCAUUACUCCUGCAUGGCCUUUUCCACUGUGGAGGACAUCAAGCGGUUCUCCAGCAGCAGAGAGGUGCAGCUCAUUGUCAAAGUCUACAUGACCAAGCCUCAGAUCUCAUUUUCCGUCUCCAAAGAAGCUGGUGGCAAUUUGAUGGGGAACAUCAGCUGCAGUGUGUCCCGGGGCAGUCCUCCAAUAAACUUCACCCUCCUCCUGAAUGACAGGACAGUGGACUCAGUCACAGGGUCUGGAUCACUGUCCAUCUGGUUUGACCUCCUCAUGGUCCCAGGGCUGGAGAUGGGCAGAGCGCAGUGCAGGGCCCAAACAGAGGUCCAGGACAUCGUGAGUGAACCCCUGACUCUGGAAGUUGUCCCAGUUGGAGGCCACAUAAAAGUGCUGGUGGAUUACUUCUACAGAAUAGACACCAAACCCACUGCUGCUAAACUGGGUUGCCAGAUAAGCCAGGGGACUUUCCCCUUUAUCACAUGGCUCCAUAAUGGCUCUGUCCUGACUUCAGACACCCAAACAGAAUUUUACAUCCCCCAAACCAUUCCUCCCUUUGCCUUCACGGACCAUGGACGAACUCUAAUUUUAACCAAGCUUGGACCAGAGGUUUUUGGACAUUACAGGUGCAAAGCAAGAGACAGCUAUGAUGAGAGUGGUCCUUGGGUGCAGAGCGAAGAUGUGUUGGUACAAUUCAAAGGAUAUUUAAACCCAUGCCCAAAGCCCCUCCCACCUCCACCCACUGCUGCACUGCCAAAUGCCUCUGUUCCCUCUAUAGAGUCUAUCUCCAUUGCUUUCUGCUGCUUUGUCCUACUUGUCCUGGUUGUGGGUGUGGCCUGUGUCUAUCAGAUGGUCGAUCAAAGAAGAGAUGCUCAAGGGACAGAUCCAAUUGAAUAUCCCAUGUCUGAAGUACCAUCUCGUUAA